AUGGUUAUUGGAACUUCAAUUGAAUUUAUGAAUUCAACCUUACCACGUGAUCAGUGUAGUUUGACAGAAUUUGGUGAAUCUGAAAGCGAAAUUAUGAGUGUUGUGCAUAUAACUGGUCUAGUUGAUGAAGUUGAAAGAGAGGAUCUUCAAAAUAUUUGCCGCCCUUAUGGCACUGUUGUACAAAUCAGGCUUGGUAGAGGUGUACCAAAAGAAGCGUUCGUUGAAUUUAAGGACCCACAAUCGGCGGCUAACAUAGUAGCAGAACUAAACGGACUAGAAAUGUGUGGCUAUACUAUUAAAACUGAAUUAUACAAAUCAACUGAGAAUUGCGGACGUCAAAGGUCAUCCAGAACCGGUUGGAGUACAGAUACAAUCAAGCUUAGUAAUCCGUUUAGAGGACCAAGACGAGAAGUUGAUAAUGGAAGGAGAUCUCCGAAUUGCAGGAGGUUGAAUGCAAGCAAAGAUCGCAUUGCUACGAAACGGGAUCGGUCUGAAUCGAGGGCCCGUGUAGUUGACCAGCAUAGCUCCUACCGGAGCAGAUAUCCCCCUAAGAGAGGUGAAGACUUUCGCCGAAUAGGCUUAUUGCGAAAUGAUCGUUCUAAGACAAGUAGGCACCACGACAAUUGGCGAUCACGAAAUCAUUUGGAUGAGGAUAAGGAACGGAACAUGAACAAGUAUGGACGCUUCACUCGCCGGGAUCGGUCUGAAUCACCCCCUCAAAAGUAUCGCUCGGUAAUUGUACAACCUGCAAAGCGAAGACGAGUCGAUUCAAGUGGAUCAAGUUACUGCACCACGUCGAGUCGGCAUUCUUCAGUAAGUGGUCGUGGGGUGACACCAAAUAAUGGAAACUGGGAUUAA